GCUUCUCAUUUAGCCAUCACUUGUCUAACAAAACCACUACUUCUCUUCCUCCUCCUCCUUUCUGGCUCUUCCAAAGAGUCUUGAACAUUAAUUCAUCUAUAGCCACAUUUGAGGAACUGGUGGUGCAAUUUCCCUGCUAGCAAUGAGGCUUCUCGCUGGCGGCCCCGGCCGGGGUCGUCAUUAUUUGCCACAUAUCUUAGUGGCAUUGUUGGCCAUUUUGGCUGUUGUUGAUAUUGUUUCUGCUGACCCUUACAUAUAUGCAUCUCCACCUCCACCUUAUGAGUACAAGUCCCCACCACCUCCUUCUCCCUCUCCACCACCACCAUACGUGUACAAGUCCCCACCACCUCCAUCACCCUCUCCUCCACCACCAUACUUGUACAAGUCCCCGCCACCUCCACCACCUCCUCCACCACCACCAUACGUGUACAAGUCCCCACCACCUCCAUCACCCUCUCCUCCACCACCAUACUUGUACAAGUCCCCGCCACCUCCACCACCUCCUCCACCACCACCAUACGUGUACAAGUCCCCACCACCUCCAUCACCCUCUCCUCCACCACCAUACUUGUACAAGUCCCCGCCACCUCCACCACCUCCUCCACCACCACCAUACGUGUACAAGUCCCCACCACCUCCAUCACCCUCUCCUCCACCACCAUACUUGUACAAGUCCCCGCCACCUCCACCACCUCCUCCACCACCACCAUACGUGUACAAGUCCCCACCACCUCCAUCACCCUCUCCUCCACCACCAUACUUGUACAAGUCCCCGCCACCUCCACCACCUCCUCCACCACCACCAUACGUGUACAAGUCCCCACCACCUCCAUCACCCUCUCCUCCACCACCAUACUUGUACAAGUCCCCGCCACCUCCACCACCUCCUCCACCACCACCAUACGUGUACAAGUCCCCACCACCUCCAUCACCCUCUCCUCCACCACCAUACUUGUACAAGUCCCCGCCACCUCCACCACCUCCUCCACCACCACCAUACGUGUACAAGUCCCCACCACCUCCAUCACCCUCUCCUCCACCACCAUACUUGUACAAGUCCCCGCCACCUCCACCACCUCCUCCACCACCACCAUACGUGUACAAGUCCCCACCACCUCCAUCACCCUCUCCUCCACCACCAUACUUGUACAAGUCCCCGCCACCUCCACCACCUCCUCCACCACCACCAUACGUGUACAAGUCCCCACCACCUCCAUCACCCUCUCCUCCACCACCAUACUUGUACAAGUCCCCGCCACCUCCACCACCUCCUCCACCACCACCAUACGUGUACAAGUCCCCACCACCUCCAUCACCCUCUCCUCCACCACCAUACUUGUACAAGUCCCCGCCACCUCCACCACCUCCUCCACCACCACCAUACGUGUACAAGUCCCCACCACCUCCAUCACCCUCUCCUCCACCACCAUACUUGUACAAGUCCCCGCCACCUCCACCACCUCCUCCACCACCACCAUACGUGUACAAGUCCCCACCACCUCCAUCACCCUCUCCUCCACCACCAUACUUGUACAAGUCCCCGCCACCUCCACCACCUCCUCCACCACCACCAUACGUGUACAAGUCCCCACCACCUCCAUCACCCUCUCCUCCACCACCAUACUUGUACAAGUCCCCGCCACCUCCACCACCUCCUCCACCACCACCAUACGUGUACAAGUCCCCACCACCUCCAUCACCCUCUCCUCCACCACCAUACUUGUACAAGUCCCCGCCACCUCCAUCACCUUCUCCACCACCACCAUACGUGUACAAGUCCCCACCACCUCCUUCACCAUCUCCACCACCACCAUACUACUACAAGUCCCCACCACCUCCUUCACCGUCUCCACCACCACCAUACUACUACAAGUCUCCACCACCUCCAUCACCAUCUCCUCCACCACCUUACUACUAUAAAUCACCUCCUCCACCCUCACCAUCGCCUCCUCCACCAUAUUACUACAAGUCCCCACCACCUCCAUCACCUUCACCACCACCACCUUACUACUACAAGUCCCCUCCACCACCUGAUCCCUCACCACCACCACCUUACUACUAUAAGUCUCCACCUCCACCUUCACCAUCACCACCUCCACCUUAUUACUACAAGUCUCCUCCACCACCUUCACCAUCACCUCCACCACCAUACUACUAUUCUUCCCCACCACCACCAAAGAAAUCACCUCCUCCACCAUACUACUACUCUUCUCCUCCACCACCCAAGAAGUCACCUCCACCUCCAUACUACUACAGCUCUCCACCACCACCAGUUAAGUCUCCUCCUCCACCAUACUAUUACUCCUCACCACCACCACCCAAGAAGUCACCACCACCACCAUACUACUACUCCUCGCCACCACCACCCAAGAAGUCACCUCCUCCACCAUACUACUACAGUUCUCCACCACCACCAGUUAAGUCACCACCACCCCCAUACUACUACUCUUCCCCUCCACCACCAGUUAAGUCACCUCCUUCACCAUACUACUACACUUCCCCUCCACCACCUACUUCUUACUAUCCUCCUCAUCAUCCCUUGAUCGUUAAGGUUGUCGGAAAAGUCUAUUGCUACAGAUGCUAUGACUGGAAAUACCCAAAGAAAUCCCAUGACAAGAAGCACCUCAAAGGUGCUGUUGUUGAGGUAACAUGCAAGGUUGGUGACAAGAAAAUCAAGAGCUAUGGUACCACUAAGAUUAAUGGAAAGUAUAGCAUCACUGUUGAAGGAUUUGAUUAUGCCAAAUAUGGAGCAGAUGCAUGCAAGGCUAAACUCCACAAAGCACCAAAGGAUUCAAAAUGUAACAUCCCCACAGAUCUUCAUUGGGGCAUCAAGGGUGCUAACCUCAAAGUGAAGUCAAAGAAUCAUUAUGAAGUUGUGCUCUCUGCUAAACCAUUUGCUUAUGCUCCAAAAACUCCAUAUGAAGAAUGCAUGAAGCCUAAGCCAACCCCAACUCCUUACUACUACAAAUCUCCUCCACCACCAUCACCAAAAUACGUGUACAAGUCCCCACCUCCUCCAUCCCCCAAGUACGUGUACAAGUCACCACCACCUCCAUCACCAAAGUACGUGUACAAGUCACCACCACCUCCAUCACCAAAGUACGUGUACAAGUCACCACCACCUCCAUCACCAAAGUACGUGUACAAGUCACCACCUCCUCCGUCACCUAAAUACGUGUACAAAUCACCACCACCUCCAUCACCAAAGUACGUGUACAAGUCACCACCUCCUCCAUCACCUAAAUACGUAUACAAGUCACCACCGCCUCCAUCACCAAAGUACGUGUACAAGUCACCACCUCCUCCAUCACCUAAAUACGUGUACAAGUCACCACCACCUCCAUCACCGAAGUACGUGUACAAAUCACCACCUCCUCCAUCACCUAAAUACGUGUACAAGUCACCACCACCUCCAUCACCGAAGUACGUGUACAAAUCACCACCUCCUCCAUCACCUAAAUACGUGUACAAGUCUCCACCACCUCCCUCACCUAAGUACGUCUACAAGUCCCCACCACCACCAUCACCUAAGUACGUCUACAAGUCCCCACCACCACCACCAUACUAUUACAAGUCUCCUCCACCACCAUCUCCAUCACCACCACCUCCAUACUACUACAAAUCUCCUCCACCACCAUCACCAUCACCUCCACCUCCCUACUAUUACAAGUCUCCACCACCACCAUCGCCAUCUCCUCCUCCACCAUACUAUUACAAGUCUCCUCCACCACCAUCUCCAUCACCCCCACCUCCCUACUAUUACAAGUCUCCUCCUCCACCAUCACCAUCUCCUCCUCCACCAUACUACUACAAGUCUCCACCACCACCAGACCCAUCUCCUCCACCACCAUACUAUUACAAAUCUCCUCCACCACCAUCUCCAUCACCGCCACCUCCAUACUACUACAAAUCUCCUCCACCACCAUCUCCAUCACCUCCACCUCCUUACUACUACAAGUCUCCUCCACCACCAUCGCCAUCUCCUCCUCCACCAUACUACUACAAAUCCCCACCACCACCUUCCCCAUCUCCUCCUCCACCAUACUACUACAAAUCCCCACCACCACCUUCCCCAUCUCCUCCUCCACCAUACUACUACAAAUCCCCACCACCACCUUCCCCAUCUCCUCCUCCACCAUACUACUACAAAUCCCCACCACCACCUUCCCCAUCUCCUCCUCCACCAUACUACUACAAAUCCCCACCACCACCUUCCCCAUCUCCUCCUCCACCAUACUACUACAAAUCCCCACCACCACCAUCCCCAUCACCUCCACCUCCCUACUACUACAAAUCACCACCCCCACCAUCUCCAUCUCCUCCUCCACCAUACUACUACAAGUCUCCACCACCACCUUCCCCAUCUCCUCCUCCACCAUACUACUACAAAUCCCCACCACCACCUUCCCCAUCUCCUCCUCCACCAUACUACUACAAGUCUCCUCCACCACCAUCGCCAUCACCCCCACCUCCAUACUACUACAAAUCACCACCACCACCAUCCCCGUCACCUCCACCUCCCUACUACUACAAGUCUCCUCCACCACCAUCGCCAUCUCCUCCUCCACCAUACUACUACAAGUCCCCACCACCACCAUCACCGUCUCCUCCUCCACCAUACUACUACAAAUCACCACCACCCCCAUCUCCAUCACCACCACCUCCCUACUACUACCACUCUCCUCCUCCACCUGUGAAGUCUCCUCCUCCUCCAUACUACUACAGCUCACCUCCCCCACCCGUAAAAUCACCUCCCCCUCCAGUAUACAUCUACGGUUCUCCACCACCACCAGUCCACUACUAAGCAGUUCGAAAAGCUUGGCCAUUUUCCACAACCACUCAAAUUUCAGUUUCAGUCACAAAAUAAGUGAUGGGUUCUUGAGGAGAAGAUUAAGAGUUCCAUGGUCAAAUGCAAUUAAUAAGAAGUUCAACUUUGCAAUUGAGAGGUUGAUUCCUAGUGACUUGGACCACUUUACUUCUACUUCUCUGGUUUCCUUAUUACACAUUGUUCUCUGUGUGUCUUCACGUACGUGGAAAGUGGCUUCGACAGCUUAGUUGGAAAUAGUAAUUAUACAUCUAGUGUACAAUUUCAUAUGUUGCUUCGUUAUAGUAAUUUAUUAUUAUUAUUAUUAUGUAUAGGCUUUGCAAUUUGAUUCGUUUGCUCUUAAUUAUUGUUGGCUGUCUCCUAGUGCCUACUUGUGCUUUUGUGCACCAAAUCAAUAAAGAGAUGAUUUUUGUUCA